CGGCGGCCAAUCACAAACGACGGGAGGCGUGCCUAACAUUCCGCUUUUCUGAAUGUUUACUUCCGUCAAUAUUCAACGAAAAGCAGAAAAUUAUCACCAUAACAAAGGACUCGCUAUCUCUGGAGCAGGUGGAAGAAGAUGCCGUUCUUGGGCCAAGAUUGGAGAUCACCAGGCUGGAGCUGGAUAAAAACUGAGGACGGCUGGAAACGCUUUGAAUAUUUCAACCACAAACUGGGAGACAACAUCAAUGAACUUACCUUGGAAGAAUUGGACAAUGACAAGGAGAAUGUCUACGUGGGAGAUGUCUGUGAAGUGGCUGCCAAGAAGAGAAAAAAGGACUUCUUCAACAACAACACUAAGUCUCAGUUUUUGUUCCAGGAGCGGUGGAUCUACGUUCAGAAGGAGAGCACUCGAGAGAGGCAUGGCUACUGUACGCUUGGUGAGGCCUUCAAUCGUCUUGAUUUUUCCAGCGCCAUUCAGGAUGUAAGGCGAUUCAACUAUGUGGUCAAACUUCUGCAGUUGAUUGCCAAAUCCCAGCUGACGUCUUUGAGUGGAGCUGCUCAGAAAAACUACUUCAAUGUCCUGGAGAAGAUUGUGAGAAAAGUUCUAGAUGACCAUCAGAACCCACGGUUGGUCAAGGCGUUGUUGAAUGAUCUAAGCUCCACACUCUGCAUCCUCAUCCGAGAAGUUGGGAAGUCUGUGCUGAUUGGCAACAUCAACAUUUGGGUCUGCCGUUUAGAAACCAUCUUAAACUGGCAGCAGCAGCUCAACAAUUUACAGAUUCCAAAGCAAGUUUCAAAUGGCAUGACACUGAGCGACCUCCCUUUGCACAUGCAAAACAACAUCCUGUACAAGUUUAGUGAUGCCUGUGACAUCAUCAAUCUGGGACAAGCCACACCAAUGCUGCACAUGCUCAGUGAGGACCGGCAACUGUGGAAGAAACUGUGCCAGUUUCAUUUUGCUGAGAAAGAGUUCUGCAGGCACUUAAAUCUGUCAGAGAAGGGCCAUGUGGACUGGAAGCUGAUGUUCUUCACACUUCAGAAAUACUACCCUCAGAAAGAACAGUACGGAGACACCCUGCAGUUCUGCAAGCACUGUAGCAUCCUCUUCUGGAAUGACAGACACCUGGCUUUGAUCUUUAAGGACUCGGGACAUCCUUGCACAGCGAACGAUCCGGACAGCUGCCUCACCUCAGUCUCUCCUCAGCACUUCAUAGACCUCUUCAAGUUCUGAAAUUCAGAACGUUCUUCAACCUCUGACCCUUUGAUCACCUUUAACCAAGACUCUGAAACUGAUAAAAUAUUUUUUGACUUUUCAACUCCGCUCCGAACCGUGUCCUUUCCUUUCCUCUUCUACGUUUCCCAGACGGUCGUUCUGUGAUUAAAACGUUCAAACUUCAGAAAAUGUAACUGAUUGAAUUUUCUGUUGCCUCACCCAAACUUUAAGGGCUUACGGAAAGAUGUCACGAUAUUAAUGUUUCUUUUGUAUUGUCCUUUUUCUGUUCCUUGUUGCGUUCUCUGAGAAUUCAUUUGUUCUAUAAGCAUAGAAAGAUGGGAGGUGAACAGCGAAAAGAGGCGGGGUUUGUGAAGAAUUGUUUGUUAAAAAAACUGUGUGUGAGAUCGUAAGCAGAGGUUAUCUUGUCUUUUCAUGUAUGUAUUUUCGUUUGUAUACCAAUGAAGUGCACGUAGUCGUAGGUUAAUGUUUACGUGGGUUCUCGUGUUGUUUUGUCAUGCUGUGCGUAUAUAUAUUUGAUGCGUUAACACUAAAGUGUACAUUUGAUGCACAAAACAACUUUUUACGAUACACUUUUGUCAAAUCUGCCGUGAGGGCAGAUGGAAAAUCUAAUGUAAGCUUUGCUAUUUAUGAACAAAUGUAUUUUAUAUCCUUUCUCUGAACUUUGUAAUAUUCCUUUACUAUUCCAGUAAUAUAAAUGUCAUUGAAAUGGCUUGUGUAGGAUGUGUUUGGUACUAUCAGGCAUUUGAAAGAAACCUAAAAUAAUUAAAACUUUUGGGAAGUAACCUA